AUGGAUUAUAAUUCAUUACCACCAGAACUCCAAUUAGCAGUAUUAGAAAAAGAAUAUAAGGAUGGGGUAUUAACAGAAAAAGGGUUCGAAGUGAAAAAAAAAUCUUUAUUAGAAAAAAAUCAACUGUUGGGAGUAUUAGGAAGGACCUCUCCUAGAGCGGAAGAUGGGGGCAUUUCUCCAACUAACUAUGUUAGCAGCACAGCUAGUGGAAAUGGUUAUAAACAUGAUGUUGAUAAUUCAUAUCAAUAUAAUCUAAAUCACCAGCAAUACGCCGGAUUUCCCGAUCAUCCUUCUUUACUUCCUCCUCAUGCUCCCUUACCAAAUGUUACGCAACACCAUCAGCUCGUUCCCAGAACAAGUGCUGAUAUGGAAAGGUUAAAAAUUCAUGGCCGUACACAAAGCUUUGAUACAGUUGUUAAUAAUACUACUACUAGAUCCGAUCCUUUAACAGCAACAAAUCGUCGUUCUGAUUCAGCUCAAAUACAUUCCACUUCAUUAUCUACUUCACCUAAUAAUAUUCCUCCAAAUAGUAAUCAACAAUUUCAUUAUAGACCCCCAUAUAAUCACUUAUCUCCUCAUCAUGUUGCGUUUGGUCCACCCCAAUUUAGACCUAUACAAACUCAAGGGCGCCCCCCGUUGCCUCCACCACUUGGAUAUCAAUUGCCGUAUUUUUCUACUUCAACCGUAUACCCUGCUAGACCCGCACCUCAUGUGAGACCUAUUAAUCCUCAAAUACCACAAAUUCGUCAUAUCCCAGGAGUUCCAUCUGGUCCAAUUAUCAGAAAUCUAGUAAUGAAUGAUGGUGCGCAAGGAAGUUUAGAUAUAGAACACGAUCACUUCCCUGACGACAAUGCUUCAAUCAGGUCAGGAAAGUCUAGUAUAUCAAACCAGAACGGGCAAAGAUUUGGUGGAAUGUUUAGUUCUGAUGAUAGACCCGAAAAACACUUUGGAAAGCGAAUGUCUUUAUACAAUAGUUUGACAUAUUCAGAAAUAUUAGAUUCAACACCAAGUUUUGAUCCUGAAUUAUCAAAAUUAGGAGGAUUACAAUUUAUGCCGUUUGAGCCAAGAGAAUUGCCAUUUGAAAAUAUGGAUCCGUUGAAUCCUUCAACAUUAAUAUCAAAUUAUGCGGAUAUAGCGACAUUAUUAAGAUAUAGAGGCCAAAUGACUCCAAAACAAACGGCCUUUAUAGUAUUGGAUCAAAAAGGUCGCGAAACGCAUGUAUGGACAUGGGAAAAGUUACAUUUGAGAGCGGAAAAAGUAUCACAAAUAAUUUUAAGAGAUAGUGGAUUAAUGAGAGGUGAAAGAGUGGCAUUGAUUUAUAGGAAGACAGAAAUUUUGGAAUUUCUGGUAGCAUUAUAUGGAUGUUUCUUUGCGGGUGUUGUGGCUGUACCAAUUAAUGCUGUUGAAGAGUUUAAGGAACUCUUAUUUAUAUUGGAAACUACAGAAUCAAAGUUAGUAUUAACUACAGAGCAUAAUCAUAAAGUAUUAACGCGAGAUUUAUUGGCACAAAAAAAAGAAUUGCCGGAUGUAACUUGGUGGAAAACAAAUGAAUUUGGAGCAUUGAAUUUAAAGAAAGGUGAUGAACUUGGAGUAACUCAUCUCACUGAAUUGGCCUAUAUUGAAUAUACAAGGAGUCCUAAUGGAGAAUUGAAAGGAGUGGCGAUAAGCCAUCAAACUAUUAUGUCACAAUGUAAUGCUAUGAGAGCAAGUGUAACAGAUGCAAAAAUGAGAGAACAUUUAAACAAUCAAAUUAAACAUGAACAAUCACAACAACAACAAUCUGCCAAUGAUGGAAUAGAAGGAGGAAAUCCUGAGGAAAUGAAUGAUAAAUUUGUUGAUACGGUAUUAAGUUAUUUAGAGCCAAGACAACAAGUUGGUUUAAUAUUAGGUGCAUUAUGGGGAGUUUAUUGUGGUAAUAUUACUAUAUAUUUGGGCAGCCUUGGACCUGAUGUGCCUGGUUUAUGGGUAAAUUGUAUUUCGAAAUAUAAAGUUACUAUCGCAUUAGCAGAUUAUCCAGGCUUGAGUCCAAUCGUAUCGUCGUAUAGAUCAGAUCCCUCGGCAACUUUAAACUAUUCAAAAAAACAAGCACCUAUCCUUUCAUCAUUACGCUUUUUGUUUAUCGACACGCUUACAAUAGAUAUUUAUUUGAACCAAGAAAUUAUUGAACAACUUCUUGCUCCUCUGGGUACGCAAUUUCCGAAAGAUGUUUUGACUCCACUAAGUAGUUUGCCGGAACAUGGAGGUAUGAUUUUAAGCUUCGGUGACUUGCUUGGUGUGCAAGGACUAGAUAACAGGGUUGAGGGAGAACGAGGUGUCAAACAAUUCUUAUUGGACCGUGAGGAACUAAAAGAAAAUCGUAUUGUUGUUGUGGAAACUGGAGAUGAUCAAGAUACGAAGAGACAUGAUGAACGAAGUAUCAUGAGAGUUGGAGCUUUUGGAUUUGUCAUGCCUGAAGCUACAAUAGCGGUUGUUGACCCAGAGACAACAGCAUUGUGUUUGCCAAAUACAGUUGGAGAAAUAUGGGUCGAUUCACCAUCAUUGUCAGGAGGAUUUUGGAAUCUACCAAAACAUACCGAAUCAAUUUUCCACGCUCGUCCGAUAUUAGUACCUGGUGAUACCAAGAAACCCGAAUAUUUCGAACAAGAAUUUUUGAGGACAGGUCUUUUAGGAUCAUUAAUUAAUGGACAAUUGGUUAUAUUUGGAUUAUAUGAACAUCGAAUAAGGCUAUUAGUUGAACCUAUUGUAAAGGAAAAACUACAGAAAUUGGUUUUCAAGUUUCAUUAUACUUUGGAUUUGGAGAAUACCAUUACGAAAAAGGUUGAAGGUGUUCAAGAUUGUGCUGUAAUUGAAAUUUAUAUAAAAGACCAAAAUUUGCUAGUGGUGAUAGCAGAAUCCUCGUUACCGAUAGAGAACUUGACCGCUCUUGCUGAUGAAAUAUAUGACAAAUUAUUUACGUAUCAUGACGUCCGUCUUUAUACAAUAUCAAUAUGUGCACAACAAUCGUUGCCACGUACAUGGAAGAAUGGUAAAAAAUUAAUAAAUAGUAUAGCAUGUAAACAAUAUUUUGAGUACGGACGAUUAAAAGUACUGUAUGUUAAGACUUGUGCAACAGAAACGAUAUUUGAUAUACCGAUGGGAGAAGAUACCGUUGCUGGAAUAUGGGGACCGAACGCUAUGGCCGCAAGACAAGAAAUGGGUAACGGGUCAGUGGCAUUAAGAAGGCCUCAAUAUACCAGGAUAGAAAUUCCACAAGAGGUAUUGGAUGAAAAAACCAGUUUCAAUUUGUUAAAAUUCCGAAGUAUAGUUGAUGUAUUAUUAUGGCGUACACAAAUAUCACCCGAUGAAACCGCAUAUAAUAUAUUAGAUACGAAAGGAAAAGAAGGAAAGCCAAUAUCAUGGAAGAAAUUAAACAAUCGUAUAGCGACUAUAGUAAGUUUUUUACAGAAAAAAGGAUGUAAAGCUGGAGAUCACACUGUUUUAAUAUUUCCACAUGGGAUAGAUUUUGUGUGCAGUAUAUUUUCAUGUAUGUUAUUGGGUAUAAUAGCAAUUCCCAUAUCACAAAUAGAACCUACGAGAGCAUCAGAGGAUAUACCUGCGCUAUUUGAAUUAAUUGAAGAGUUUAAAAUAAGUUAUUUAUUAGUAAAUACGGAUACCGAACAAAUACUUAAAAACAAACAAAUAUUAAAUUUCAUAAAAACAAUGAGUGGAGGAUCAAAACAGUCAGGAGGUAGCAAUAACAAAGUAUUACCUCAGCUCAUUAAUAUAGCAAGAGCUCCGAAAUACACAAAGACUUUGAAAGAAUCAAAUUUCAUUAUGAUGGAAGAAUGGUUAAAACCACAAUGGACAGCAAUCAUCAUGUGCUACUUUUCAGCCGAUCAACGAAAAAGUUGUGUAAGGUUGGAUCAUGAUACAUUGUUAGCACUAUGUAAGGUGCAAAAAGAGACUUGUAGGUUGAGAAGUUCACGGGCGGGAUUAAGUUGUGUUAGACAUUUUAGCGGUAUUGGAUUUGUGCAUACGAUAUUAAUUGGAAUCUACCUUGGAUCACCGACAAUUCUCAUCACACCACUUGAUUAUCAUACGAAUCCAUUAGUAUGGUUUGAAACCAUAUCUAAAUUUAAAAUCAAGGACACUUAUGCUACGUUUCCAAUGUUACAACACGCAAUGUCAUCUUUUGAGAACGAGGAUUAUCGAAAUUUUUCUUUACAACAUUUAAAGAAUUUAAUGAUCCCGAUUGAUGGUAGACCAAAUGUAUCUCUAUAUAAGAAGGUAGUGAAAACAUUUUUGGCCAAUCGAUUAGAUGAUGUGGCAGUAAAUUAUGUAUACAGUCAUAUAGCAAAUCCCAUGAUAACCACAAGAUCUUAUAUGUGCGUAGAACCGAUUGAAUUAUAUUUGGAUUUGAAAAGUUUGAGACGAGGAAUUGUUAAAGUUGUUGACCCAGAAGAUGAACCUUUUGGAGUGUUAUUACAUGACUCGGGAACGGUUCCAGUGUCAACGCAAGUAGCCAUAAUACAUCCGGAAACAAGACGUCCGUGUUUGUCAAAUGAAUUUGGAGAAAUAUGGGUUAGUAGCGAUGCCAAUGCGAAGUCUUUACAUGGGUCAAUGGAUCCAUUAGAUCAGGCUCGAUAUUCUGCGACAAUAGAUGGAGGAGAUCCAAGGAUAACAUACUUACGUACAGGAGAUUUAGGAUUUUUAUAUACAAUUCAUAGACCAGCAGGAGAAAGUGGAAUAUUGUUGGAAUAUCAAUGUUUAUUCUUUUUAGGGCCGAUCGCAGAGACAUUUGAAGUUAAUGGAUUGAUACAUUUCCCAGUGGAUAUUGAAUUUACAGUUGAAAGGUGUCAUCAAUUGAGUCAUUAUAGUUUAAUUUCACCAGAUGGAUGUGUGGUUUUUCAAGCUAAUGGAGUAGUUGUAUGUGUGAUAGAAACGAGGGCAAAAGAAGGAAUUCUCAAUUUGGUUCCAUGCGUAUUGAAUUCAAUAUUGGAUGAACACCAAUUUAUUAUUGAUGUAAUCGUAUUUCUUGGACCUGGGACGUUACCAAAAUCGAGAUUAGGUGAAAAACAAAGAGCAAAGGUCAUGAAUUCUUGGUUAAGCGGUAAUUUAACUACAUUACAUGUACAUUAUGUGACAUCACCGCCAAGUUCUAAAGCAAAUACACAACUACUAUCAACACAUGUGACGCAUUCACGACAAUGGAUAAACACGAAUACUUCACCCUCACCAACACUUGAUCCAACUCAAUAUAGUAUUACCUCUGGAUUUAUCAAUACAACUAGAAGUAAUAUAUUACCUUCUAAUAUUAUGAGUAAUGGAUUGGGGUUGAGCAAUGGUAGUCGAAAAUCAUCACUACAAAAAAAAAGAGAUAAUACCAAUGGAUUUGAUAAUAGUAAUUUAGAUUCAUCAAAUAAAACUGAAACAUGA